UCCAGAAUAAAAACAGCAACACCAGACAUAGGAGAGAAAAAAGUGAAAUGAUCCAUUGAACUGAAAGUCUUUGCCCUUUCCUAAUUACGUCGUGUCCAGUAUCUUUUGCUUUUUUUUUUCAAAACUUUGAGUACUUUAUGAAGUGGUAAUUAGCUUGUGGAGAAUAAAACCAGCUGAUUUGGACAGGGCUGGGGCAUUUUGGAGUGAGAUGGCUAACAGCAAGGUUGUAUCACUCCUUCUCGGAUUCCUCCUCCUCGCUCUGCUUCAACCUUCCCUUCAAGGAGGUGUGUAUGUCCCAGCAGGAGGUGUCGGAGGAGGUGCUGGACCAGGUGCUGGUGCUUACCCAGGAGCAGGGGGAUACAAACCAGCGAAACCUGCAUAUGGUGGAGCAGGAGGCUUGGUGCCAGGAGGAGGAGCUGGAGGAUUAGUACCUGGAGGAUAUGGAGGAGCUGGAGCAAAGCCUCCUAAACCAGGGUAUGGCGGUACAGGCGGCCUGGUUCCUGGACGAGGAGUUGGAGGAUUUGGAGCUGCAGGUACUGGUGGAAAGCCGCCUAAACCAGGCUAUGGUAAUCUUGGCGGUGUUGGCCCAGGAGGAGCAGGCUUAGGAGCUGGCGGACUUGGGGCAGGAGCUGGUGGAAAGCCUCCUAAACCAGGCUAUGGUAAUCUUGGCGGUGUUGGCCCAGGAGGAGCAGGCUUAGGAGCUGGCGGACUUGGGGCAGGAGCUGGUGGAAAGCCGCCUAAACCAGGCUAUGGUAAUCUUGGCGGUGUUGGCCCAGGAGGAGCAGGCUUAGGAGCUGGCGGACUUGGGGCAGGAGCUGGUGGAAAGCCGCCUAAACCAGGCUAUGGUAAUCUUGGCGGUGUUGGCCCAGGAGGAGCAGGCUUAGGAGCUGGCGGACUUGGGGCAGGAGCUGGUGGAAAGCCGCCUAAACCAGGCUAUGGUAAUCUUGGCGGUGUUGGCCCAGGAGGAGCAGGCUUAGGAGCUGGCGGACUUGGGGCAGGAGCUGGUGGAAAGCCUCCUAAACCAGGCUAUGGUGGUGUUGGUGGCCUGGGUCCAGGUGGCGGUUUAGGAUAUGGAGGCUUAGGAGCUGGCGGACUUGGAGCAGGAGCCGGUGCAAAAGGCACAGGCUACGGGGGACCCGGCGGCCUGGUGCCAGGCGGUGUGGGAGGAGCAGGCUUAGGGGCCGGAGGACUUGGAGCAGGAGCCGGUGGAAAACCCCCAAAACCAGGGUACGGGGGAGCCGGCGGCUUGGUUCCAGGUGGAGUUGCGGGAGGCGGGCUAGGAGCAGGUGGAAAGCCUCCUAAACCAGGCUAUGGUAAUCUUGGUGGUGUUGGACCAGGAGGAGUCGGCACUGGAGGUUUGGGAGCUGGAGGACUCGGAGCAGGAGCUGGUGGCAAACCUCCCAAACCAGGAUACGGGGGUGCCGGUGGCCUGGUUCCAGGUGGCGUCGGAGCAGGAGGCCUCGGAGCGGGAGGACUCGGAGCAGGUGGAGCCGGUGGGAAGCCGCCUAAGCCAGGUUAUGGAAACUACGGAGGGCUCGGAGGGGGUUACAGGCCAGGAGGUGGUUAUGGAGGAUACGGAGGCUAUGGAGGCUACAACCCAUAUGGAGGCUUCUUCCCUGGCGCUGGAGCAGGAGGACUGAAGCCUGGUGUUGGAGGUGCGGGUGGCUUACCAGGUGGAGGAGCAGGAGGAGCUGGUGUGAAACCUGGAAAAGGAGGUCCUGGUGCAGGAGGAGGUGGAACUGGACCUGGCACUGGAGGAGUGCCAGUCAUUCCCCAGACUGGGUUGCCUGGAGGAGGUGCUGGAGGAAAACCCCCGAAGGCUGUACCAGGUGUCGGCGUGCCCGGGCCUUACCAAGGUGGUGUUGCACCAGGACAAGGCUAUGGGGUGCUUCCCGGUGUUGCAACAGGAACUGGACUCAAACCAAAGUCUGCUGGUGCUGGACAAGCAGGACCUGGGGCGGGUGGUCGGGGUUAUGGUGGUCAAAUGCAACCAGGCGUAUUUAAUGGAUAUCCUCUCAAGUCUCCCAAAACACAAGGUAAUGCGUACGCGGGUGGCAAGCUGCCAUAUGGUUAUGGUGGCUUUGGUGGUGGAGCAGGGUCCAAGCCUGGCUACCCUACAGGAACUGGAGUUGGAACACUGGGUGCUGGACAGGCACAGGCCCAAGCACAGGCACAGGCACAGGCCAAAGCUGCUAAAUAUGGUGCUGCUGGUGGUUUAGGUGGUGCGGGCGGUGCUGGUGGAUACCGUGGUCCUGGCGCUGUCCCGGGUGCGGGUGGCGCUUAUCCUGGCGCUGGUGGCGUUUAUCCUGGCGCGGGUGGCACUUAUCCUGGCGCUGGUGGCGUUUAUCCUGGCGCGGGUGGUGCUUAUCCUGGCGCGGGUGGUGCUUAUCCUGGUGCAGGUGGCGCUUAUCCUGGUGCUGGAGCCUAUGGAGCUGGUGGGAAGCCACCCAAAUAUGGUGGUGCACAACAAGCACAGGCACAAGCACAGGCACAGGCACAAGCUCAAGCACAGGCACUGGCACAAGCACAGGCACAAGCUCAAGCACAGGCACAGGCACAGGCACAAGCACAGGCCAAAGCUGCUAAAUAUGGGGGUGCUGGAGCGGUGCCAGGUGGUGCGGGUGUUGUUGGUGGAGCAGGAGGAGUCCCUGGAACUGGAGCAGGAGGAUAUCCAGGAGGAGUCAAACCGCCUAAAUAUGGUGGAGCUGGCCUUGUCCCCGGAGGUGCUGGAGUAGUGGGAGGAGCCGGAGGUAUUCCAGGAGUGGCGCCAGGUGCCGGAGGAGCAUAUCCAGGUGGUGCCAAGCCCCCUAAAUAUGGUGUGGCAGGUGGUGCAGGAGGAGUUCCAGGUGGAGGCUAUGGGGCUGGACCAGGCGCAGUACCAGGGGCUGUUCCUGGGGCAGGAGGGUAUUCUGCUGCGGCGAAAGCGGCAAAAUACGGUCUGGGUGGUGGUGCUGGUGGUGUGCCUGGUGGGUAUGGCGUACCAGGUGCAGGCGCUUACCCAGGUGCUGGAACUUACCCAGGUGCUGGAACUUACCCAGGUGCUGGCUACGCAGGGCCAGGCGGCUAUGGUGCAGGAGCCGGGGCAGGAGCUGGAGCGAAGCCUCCAAAGUAUGGUGUGACCGGAGGGGCAGGAGGGGCUGGAGGUGUCCCAGGCGCUGGAGGUGUCCCAGGGCUGGGUGGGGUGCCGGGAGCAGGGGCUGGAGGAUAUCCAGCUGGCGCUAAAGCUCUUAACUAUGGUCCAGGUGGUGCGGCCGGAGGGCUUGGGGGAGUGCCAGGAGGCGGCUAUGGAGUGCCAGGGGGAGGCUAUGGGGUACCUGCAGGUGGAUAUGGAGGUUACGGUGCUGGAGCUGGCGCUAAACCACCCAAAUAUGGUGUGCAAGGUGGUGCUGGGACGGCCCCUGGAGCCGGAGUAGCAGGGACUGGGGUCGGACCUGGAGCUGGAGGGCUUGCAGGAGCUAAAGCAGCCAAAUACGGUGUCCCAGGAGGGGUUGGAGCAGGACCUGGUGUAGGAGGUGCCGGACUGGGAGCAGGAACUGGACAAGUUCCAGGAGCUGGAGGCUACCAAGGAGGUGGGAAACCACCAAAAUAUGGCGUUCCCGGAGGUGUGGCGGUGCCAGGUGCUGGUGCAGGAACAGGAUAUCUGGGUGGGAAAGCUCCUAAAUAUGGAGUGCCAGCGGGGGCUGGGGUGACGGGCACUGGUGUCCCGGGUGCUACGGCUGGCACAGGUUUGGGUUUCUACCCCGGAGGUACUGGAGUGCCCCCCAUCCCUGGAAAGCCUGCAAAGGACCCAACUCUACUGCCUGGAGGAGCCACUGUGCCAGGACCAACGGCUAAUGGCACAACAGGCCAGGUCCCAGGACCCAGUGCUGGAACAGGCCUACAACCAGGAGUAGGCGCAGGUGUGAUCCAACCAAGUGCUGGGACGGGUGUUGUGGGAGCUGGAGUGCCAUCUGGUGGCCAACCACAGGUGGGAACAGGAGUGCAGCCUGGUGUCAAAGGCCCAAAACCUGCAACUGGAGGAGUGGGUCCCUACGGUCCUGCAACUGGAACUGGAGUCCUUCCAGGCGCCAAGCCUCUUAAGCAGCCAGCGCUUGGAACUGGCACAGGAGGUGGAUUCGGAACAUUAGGUGUGAAUCAAUUCGGUGCUGGCCAGGGUGCUGGUAAACCACCGAAACCAGGCUAUGGCUCUUUGGGAGCAAGAUAUCCACAACAAGGUGGUGUACCACAGGUGCCUGGUUAUGGAGGCUAUCCACAAGCCUACCCAGGAUAUGGAGCUGGACAGUUGCCACAGCAAGGAUAUGGAGCUGGACAGUUGCCACAGCAAGGAUAUGGUGGACUGUCGCCACAGCAAGCUAAAGCAGCCAAGUAUGGAAUGCAAGGAUUCUAUGGUGCUGGCUAUAGAGGUGGAGCUGGGUGCCAAGGAAAAUACUGUGGUCGGAGGAGAAAGUGAAAGAUCUCUUGAGAUGUGAACUGACCUCAAGAAACAAUGGUGCUACUGCAUGAUCUAGAAUGUACAUUUGAUAUGCAGAAAAGAUAAAAACAAACGUCCCGUUAAAUGUACAAACGUUGCAUACAGUAGGAGAUAUUUUUCUAUACCCAAAAACCCAUGAUGUUGCACAUUUGACAAGUUGUUGACAAGCACCACACCAACCUUUUUUCCUUUGUGGCAACUGUUUUUUUUUUUUGUUUGUUUCUGUUUUUUUAAUAAUAUUUAAUGUUUGCUCCACUAGUGCAGUUUUAAGGCUUUUACCUUUGACACUUUGGAAUUCUGUAUUUGAGCGUUCACUAGCACCUUUGCAAAUCUUAUGACCUGGCCCAAAGCUUUAUUGUUAUUUUCAGACCUAAAUUCCAGACAUACCACAGAGGUUAUGUAAUGUGUGUGUGUGUGUGUGUGUGUGUGUGUGUGUGUGUGUGUGUCUGUGUGUGUGUGUGUGUGUGUGUGUGUGUGUGUGUGUGUGUGUGUGUGUGUGUGUGUGUGUGUAUCUACAGUAUGUGUGUGUGUGUGUGUGUGUGUGUGUAAAGCUUUCCAAACAAACGUUAAGGCUACUUUGUGUGAAACCGCAUAGAACAACCAUUGUAAUAUCCAUGGAAGCUCUGUGCUCAAGGUGAAAUCCACAUUUCAGACAUGCCAAAGUGAUGAGGUCUGAGGCCUGUCAAACUGCUGGUAGAUGGGCUCUUUGUUUAGAACUGUCCUUGGCUCAAUAUUAUCUGUGACAAGCUGCUAUUUUGGCCCUGGUACAGUUGAUAGUGAAUGGCAGCAUUGUUUUCAAAUAAAAGUAGUCACCUAGCUUGUCAUAGCCUUUUUAUCAUCAACUCUAGCCACAGCAAUUUUUUCUUUGUAUUAGAUUCACUGCCUUGUCAACUUUAUGUUAGCAUGAAGAGCUCUUUCAGCUCUGAUUAUGUUCAAUAGAUAUCAAUAAUGAUUGAGCAUUAGACACAACAUGCAAAUCAUCCCUCUCAAGGAACUGGUGCUCUCCUGUUGUAUGGAUUAUGCCAAUGUGCCACAAAAACCAAAAUACCUGUUCACACAAAGAUCUUCUUGGAUGUAUACCAUGUAUGAAUAAUUUACUAAUAGGCUUUAAGAAUACAAAACAAUUGUGAUUCCCCACUAUUGGGGGUAAAGACGCUUAUGUCGCUCGACCUAGAAUGUUUCAUUUAAGUCAUUUAAUAUUCAAACAUAAUUUUGUUUUUAUAUAUUUUAUGUAUAAACAAUGUGUUAUUAGGCAACCAUUGCAUUUGUUUUUGCACCAUGUUGAACUUGACUCAAAAAGACACAUAGAACACAAAUUUCAGUAACGGUCUUGUUUUACUUUAGCUUUCAGUAGUUCAUGCAUAUAGUCACUGUGGAGAAUUAUACUGUACAACAUUUUUUAUUAAUUGUGAUUUUGUGUGUUUGUUUUGCCCCCUUAAAUAUUGUGAUCAUGUGACGUUAUGUGUAUCUUACUUUUCUGUGUUGAGAUUCGCUUAUUAAUCAUGUCAAAGGUAAUUUACCUUUGAACAUAAUUUCAAAGGUAAUUUCCCACAUUAGCGGGUGGGAUGACUGUUGUUAGACCCAAACUGAAAUAACGAAUGAGCUUUAGUUUUGAUUUGUUUUUAUGCCCAGUGCUGUAUCUAUCUGAACUGCCUGUGAGCCCCUAGCAGUCGACCCCUUCCCACUGUGCCGUGGAAUUUACAUUUUUAUUUAAUGGGAGUGGUGGAGGCAUUGCACUUUUUCCACGACGCACAUUUGACUAGUUCCCGGAAAUUCCGGCAUUUAAACUGCUUCAUAAACAAUUAAAUAAAUAAAAAAAAAUAUUAAAAUACUG